AUGGCACCCAAUCCCACGGACCAGGCGCGACUGAUGCCCCAGGACCAGGAGCCCAGGACUCCUACGAACGCUUCAGGAGCCAGAAGCGCUCCUUCGGCAGGCCCCACUCGGCGGCCUCGCCGAACUGCCCGACCCGACGAACCUCCACUCACCACCUCGAGCGGCAACAAUAGCGACAAAACCGACAACGGUCAUACCGACGCCGACCGCCAAGAUGAUGUGAUGGGAGACGCAGCAACCGAAAAUGAGACAGACAAACCCGAUGACUUCCCCGAGGCCCGGGACUCAUCAGUCAGUGUCGCACACGUGGCAGAGAGACUCAUCGCCAGCCAGAUGGAAGCACAGCAGGCAAAGCUAGCCGUGUUCCGUGCCUUCUGCACGGCCUUCGACCAGACGGCUGCCCGAUUCACCGGCGCGCCGACGCGCAUCGGCAAGAACACCAACAAUCGCCGCAACCAGACGGCUGCGGCACCAACCUAUGCCGCUAUGGCUCGGAAGGGCAUGGCGCAGACAGGGGGCUCUGUGCCGGCCCACCCGCAGCCGCAGAAGGCUCCACCGGUCAAACCGCCAAAGAACGACCUGCGCGUCUUCGUCCGGCUCGGAGACGGGUCCCCCGCGUGGGGCCAUCAGGGACACGCAAUCAGAGCCCACGUUGCCAAGACGCUCAAUCUUGGCAUAGAACGCAUGCCACAAGUCGCCCGGGUCAAGACAGGAUGGGCUAUUCGUGUCUCAGAUCAGGAGGCGAGGGACUUACUGAUCGAAAGGCAGGGCGACUGGGCGGCAUGCCUCGGAGCGGUGACGGUUGAAGGCUUCCAGAAGUGGCACACGUAUGCGGUAGCUGACUGUCCCAGGCGGCUCACAGAUAUCUGGGGGGCCGCAGUAGACUAUGACCAAGCUUUCAGAGAAGAGGUCAGGCUCCAGACAGGCUUGGAGCCGGUAGAUGUGCGCGAGGCCAAGGGACGGGCUAAGGGCUCGGACCAGCCCACUGUGACAAUGAUCGUGUCGUUCGAAUCAGCGAUCCAGAGGAGAUAG